AUUUACGGAAGCUUGUGCGCAUGUCAGGUAAUGGCAGCCUACACAAACUCGAAGCAUGGGCGAAGAUAAUUUCAUAGUGGCGAAUGUUUCGGGUUCUAGCAUUAUAAAACAUAAACCCACGUUUUCAUUAGACUCGAGAUGUCUGUUUGUGAUAUCUGGGAAAAACAUCAAAGUGUUCAAUGUCAACAGUGGAGAAUGCAUGCAUUAUCUAACCGGCCAUCAUGAUGAAGUGACCGGUGUCAUUGUCAGUCCAAAGAAUAAACUGCAGCUUUUUUCCAGUUCCAUAGACGAGACAAUUUUACUUUGGGACUAUGUUGAUGGAGUCCAGUUAAAAAGAUACUCCCUCCAUGCUCCACUGCACGGCCUUGUUGGGUUUGCAAAAGAUGAGACAAACUUAUUUGUUAUGGUUCAUCGCAAUCCUAAAGGAAUAGACAUACGAGACAAGAAUAUUAAACAUUAUUAUGAUGUUUGUGAGUUUGACCCCAAAUCAGGGUCUUUGGACAUGAGGCUUAAAACGAUUGUAAACCGAAAGCUUGUUGGUGUUGGUGCCAAGGGAAGGUACUUGGUGGCAGCAAAGAAGAAAAAAGUCUUCAUUUAUGACUGCAGGAAGUGUGAAAUUUUUAGGCACAGUUUGAGUGAUGAUUUUGAUAAAGCUAUAACAUGUGUGACUUGUCAUCCGACUGAAGAUUGCUUUGUGACUGGGUGUCAAAAUGGCAAGAUUAUUCACUGGUGGAAUUUCUUGACGAAGAAUGAAGUUGUGAAAUCGGUCUACAGCUGGCAUGCUCUGUCCGUGUUAGAUCUACAAUUCACUGACGAAGGUUCACAGUUAUUAAGUGGAGGUCAUGAGUGUGUGUUAGUGAAAUGGCAAUAUAACUCCAAAGAGAGAGAAUUUCUUCCCCGUUUGAGGGCCCCAAUAGGCCAUGUGGUCUGUUCCCCUGACAACCAAGUGUUUGCCACCUGUCACCAAGACAACUGUGUGAACCUGAUUUCUAAUACCUUUGAGCUGCUCCAUGUGAUUGAUGGUUUGUCGCUGUGUCACCUACAUACUCAGUUGUGGGUCAGACUGUCUGUUCGUCUCUUAUAUGACCCAAGGACAAAGGCACUAGUUACCAAUGGACGGGUUGGACACUUGCAGUUCUAUUCCAUUGAGGCGGAUAAACAGCUGUAUGAUCUGGAUAUUGUCCAGGAGAAUUACACAUCACCAGAAGACCUCUCCAAACCAUUAUACCCAACAGAGGUAACCAAUGCUGCUUUCAGUAGUCAGGGGGAGUGGUUAGCCACGGUGGACGUUUGGGACGAUGGGGUUAUGUCCCCUGAUAUACAGCUCAAGUUUUGGAUGUAUCAGGAGGAAUCACAAGAGUAUAUCCUGAACACAAUUGUUCAUUAUCCCCAUGACAAGAAAGUGGUUGACUUAAAGUUCCGUCCCCAUGGUGAUGACCUUGAUGUGGUCCCCACUGUAGUGACAUCUGGUGGUGAUGGCAAGUUCAAAACAUGGACUUGUGUGGAUGAUUCUGAUAUUUACAGGAAGAAUACGAAGUGGAUAUGUCACAACGUGGGUUACUACAAAGAUCGGCCGGCGGGCCCGGUGUCAUUCUCAGAGGACGGAUCCCUUCUGGCCGUGGGAUUUUCCUCGACAGUGACGAUUUGGGACACGGAAAAUAAUGUACUCCGGCAUUGCUUCAACACUCACUCAGACGACAACCGAGAUAUCAAAUUCUGUGAAUUCGGCCAUCAGUCCUGUUGUCAUCUCUUGGUCAGUGUGUCCGAUGAUUUAUUGUGUGUUUGGAACCUCCUUACCUGUGCAGUUGUAUGGAGUGUGCAAGUUGAUGUUAGUGUUUUGGCCACAGAUCCUUUGUCACCCUAUAUGGCAGUCAUUGACAGUGAACAGAAAUUGUAUGUCUUUAAGCCCUCCAGUUCAGACAUUGUCUAUUCCAAACCUUUAAUAUCCAAGUCGCCUGUCACGUGUGCAAUAUUCAUACCUCAAACAAAAGGUUCCACAAAAGGGAAACAACUAGAAUGGCAGACCUCAUCACAGCUCUAUUUCUUUAAUGAAGAGCAAGAACUUCAAACUGUGGUUAAUGAAGAGGAGGAAGAGAAACGGAGCAGCCUAGACCCGAGAGCCAUUCAGGAGAACUUGCCCUCCACGCCAUUCAGUGUGUUCCUUGGGGGUGAGAGGAAGUCUGUACAGGAUACAGGCAGUCAGGUGGCGAGACUCGCACCCUCUAUCAUCACCAAGCAGAUUUUGGAGUCAGCACCACAUGCCCAGCCACCAGUUACCUCCCUUUGUUUGCCGUUCUUACAGUCUUUGAUUCUUGGAAAACAAACCGAAAGAGAAGAAAAUGAGGAGGAGGAUGAGGAUGAAAUCGAGGUGAAAUCUCAAAAUUCUGAUUCGGAUAUGGAAGUAGAACAAUCUCUUAAAUCAUUGAAAAUUGAUUCCCAGAAUGCAAUGCAGAAAGACAGUUUUGAUUGGUUGAGUAAUUUACAUGUUACUGAGACUAAUGAUGUGUUGAACAGCUUGGCUUUAAGCACAAAGGACUGGAUCUCAGAAAUAAAAACGUGAUUGUUUUAUA